AGACUGCUAAUGAACUUAAAAAAACUAAACAUUCAAAUUAUGGAGGAUGGAGAUUGAACAUUUUUCUUAAAGGAAAUGGUAAAUUAAUUGCAGCCAACAACAAAAUUCAACUGAGUCCACUGGAAAUUCACAUUUAUAAAAGUAUUCAUCAACCAAGAAAUUUGGCUCAAUGA